AUGGCUGACGAGAAAUCCCACCCCGUUCACCUCGAACCAAGCGAACUGGGCACCAAAGAGUACUGGGACGAAUACUACCAGAACGAUCUAGAAAAUGGCGUCGGGUCUGAGGACGAGAAUGGAGCCGAGCAGGAUGCCGGCGCCGGCGACGAGGAUGAGGAUGACCACGCGACGGAGUCUCAGCAACAACCACCUGAUCCCUCGGAGCUUGACUCGUGGUUCGACGACGUCGGCGCGCCAGCCAAAACACUGGCCUUCCUGACGUCGACGACGUUCCCGCUGUCGCCGAACUACAUCGCACCAACGGGAUCGAAGGAGGGAGACAGAGACCCGGCCGAUCCCUCGGUGCUGGAUCUAGGCACAGGCAACGGCAGCGCCCUGUUCGCGCUGCGUCUCCAGGGGCACUACACGGGACGCAUGGUCGGCGUGGACUACUCGACCAAGAGCGUCGAGCUGGCGAGGAAGCUGCGCGCGCAGUACGCGGCGUCGACCACCGCCACGGCCACGGCCACGGCCACGGACUCAAACAUGGAGAACAUCACCUUCGAGGUCCUGGACAUCAUCCACGACCCUCCCGGCUCGCAACCGUGGUGGCCCCCUCUCGGACCCCGCGGCGGCCACGGUGGAUUCGACCUCGUCCUCGACAAGGGCACGUUCGACGCCAUCUCGCUCUCCUCGUCGACCGUCUUCGACCGGGCCUCGACCCGCCAGCGCCGCAUCUGCGAACUCUACCCGGCCAAGGUCCUGGAGAUGGUCAAAACAGGCGGCUUUCUGCUGGUCACGAGCUGUAACUGGACCGAGGCGGAAGUGAUUGCUUGGUUCACGAGCCCAGGAGGCGGCGGCAGCAGCGAGAGUGCCGAUGUCGCCAGUAGUGAAGGUACAGGAAUCCCGGAGGAUGGCUGCGAGAGGGCGGUGUUUGAAGUCUACGAUACGAUCAAGUACCCCGUGUUCGAGUUUGCAGGGCAAAAGGGCCAGGGCGUCGCGAGUGUUUGUUUCCGGAAACUUCACAGAAACAUGACCGACCAAGGAUGAAUGCAGUUUCAAGAACGUGGAGGGGAACCGGUUUCCCAUCGAUUUUUGUUGGUUCGAUUUUAUCUAUC